AUCAGACUAUCUUUCAUCUUUCAGCUCAGUCAGUCAGUCAGCCAUGGACACGAAGAAGAGACCAAUCUCUGGUGGUCUAGCCUCCAUCCUUAUCCUCUCUCUCCUCGCCAUUACAACUGCCGAAGUCUUCUUUGAGGAGCAAUUUCAAGAUGGUUGGGAAGAUCGGUGGGUUAAAUCUGAGUGGAAGAAGGAUGAGAAUAUGGCUGGGGAGUGGAACUACACUUCUGGUAAAUGGAAUGGUGAUGCUAACGAUAAAGGUAUCCAGACUAGUGAAGAUUACAGGUUUUAUGCUAUAUCAGCUAGAUUCCCUGAAUUCAGCAACAAGGACAAGACUUUAGUUUUCCAGUUCUCUGUUAAGCAUGAGCAGAAACUUGAUUGUGGUGGUGGCUAUAUGAAGCUACUUAGUGGUGACAUUGAUCAAAAGAAAUUUGGCGGUGACACACCAUACAGUAUUAUGUUUGGACCAGAUAUCUGUGGCUACACCACCAAGAAAGUCCAUGCUAUCCUCACCCACAAUGAAACAAACCACUUGAUCAAGAAGGAUGUUCCAUGUGAGACUGACCAACUAUCCCAUGUGUAUACAUUCAUCCUACGACCAGAUGCUAGCUACAGCAUCCUCAUUGACAAUGUGGAAAAGCAAUCCGGCAGCUUGUACUCUGAUUGGGACCUUCUCCCAGCAAAGCAAAUCAAGGAUCCUGAAGCGAAGAAGCCUGAGGAUUGGGAUGACAAGGAGUUCAUUCCUGAUCCAGAAGAUGUUAAACCAGAGGGUUAUGAUGAUAUACCAAAGGAGAUCGCAGACCAAGACGCUGUAAAGCCUGAAGAUUGGGAUGAUGAAGAAGAUGGUGAGUGGACAACCCCAACUAUUGCUAACCCUGAGUACAAGGGUCCCUGGGAGCAGAAGAAAAUUAAGAAUCCUAACUACAAGGGAAAAUGGAAGGCACCCUUGAUUGACAACCCAGAUUUCAAGGAUGACCCAGAUCUCUAUGUUUUCCCUAAGUUGAGCCAUGUUGGAAUUGAACUAUGGCAGGUGAAAUCCGGAACCCUCUUUGAUAAUGUCUUGGUGUGCGACGAUCCUGAAUAUGCAAAGAAAUUGGUGGAAGAAACAUGGAGCAAACAUAAAGAGGCUGAGAAGACUGCAUUUGAAGAGGCAGAGAAGAAGAAAGAAGAGGAGGAACCAAAGGCUGACCCUGCUGAUUCAGAUGCGGAGGAUGAAGGCGAUGAUGAAUCAGAUGCGAACAAUAAGGAUGAUGACACCGAGGAAGAAGAUGAUUCUGCGGCGGCUGCUCAUGACGAACUAUGAGAGAGGAGUAGGAAGCAUAUGGAAUCGGAUUUGUUUGUUGUCCCUAAAGAUUGAUAUGAUAUGAUUAAGAGUUGUUGUAGCAGUUGUUAGUUUUCUUGUUUAGAGAAAAUAGAAACAGGGGAAGGAAACUACUGCAAUGCAAAACAAAUAGGAUGAUUUUAUCAGAACCAGGCUCCUCUCCCCAGUCCCCACUUCUUCUUCUUCUUCUUCUGUAUCUGAAUUUUGUUUUUCAAUUCACAAUAAGACACUUCAAAAUUGAGCUAGAUUCUUCUUUCUCAUUA